AUGAAGUUCAUUGGAGCGAUCAUAGUGGCAGCCUCAAUGGCUGAGGCUGGGUCGAGCAACACCUUGUUGUUCCCUGAGGAGGACCCUCUGUACUACUGCCACUCUGAUAUGACUUGGGGGGACAUACCCAGUCGGGAAGACAAGUCCGAUGCUAAGCCGGAACGUGUUGUUGUUUUUGGUCGUCAUGGUGCAAGAGUCCUGACCAGAGACCUCACUUGCUGGGAAGGAGACGAUACUGAGUACAUGUGCCCAGUCGCCACCUACUAUGGCUUCAUUAACAGCCCCUCUGAGGGACAGUGUUGGUUGGACUAG